CAAGAUCUCAUAGUCUUUGCAGUAAUGAGACAGCCAGGGCUGGAUAAUUUGACUUGAUUUUCACCCCUACAAUCGCAUAAAUAUUGUUCAUUCCUGGUGCCUAUUGUUUCACAUUCACUGCUCAGUUCUCAACUUUUUCUAGAUUAUAUCAUCACAUUUAGCCUUCGUCUUAGCACAUAUUUCACUGUAGCGUCACCUGGAAAUAUACAGCUAGUUAUUACAUUAACUCUAAAUCAUAUACAUACAAUGAUUCUCAGAAAAAAUUCAUUUUUAAUUUUAUCCGUUUCACUUGUGCUUCUAAUCAGCGGAUCAGUCAGUUCUUCUUCCAUUCACAAACGAGUGGAACGAGCCCCACAGCCACGUGCACGUUCCAGCCCAGAUAAGGAUUCUGGUCUACUAAUUGAAAACAUCAGGGAUGAACCCAUUGAACCGUUGCGAACUACAAAUCUCAACAAGACCACUUCUGUCGGAUUUCUCCCACUUCCUCCGAACUACAACAAAUUGGUAAUUCCACUGGGAAAUGUUACCAAAUCCAUUUUUGUCAUGGUGCAACUAGCAAUUCGAGAAAUUUUGGAUGUUGAUACGAAAAAUGAGGUGAUUGAGCUGGACACGGAAUUGGGAGUGUCAUGGAUCGAUUGGGAAAUAUGGAAGCAUUUCAUGGAUGACAAGGAAAUAAGAGAGAAAGCAAAGUCGGGACCGGAGGAAAUUACGCUGGACUCUGAAUUUCUGAGGCAUAUUUGGAAACCGGAUAUUUAUAUUGAUGAAAUGGCAUCCGUGGAACGGACUUCGCUCCUUUCAAAACUUAUCACGCUGCGGUUUUUGGUCCGGAACGAUGCAAUCCCGGGAGCAAUUACAUUCAAGGCGAGGCAAUCCCUCAAAUUGCGAUGCGACAUGGAUUUUCACUUUUAUCCUGCAGACACGCAGAAAUGCGAAUAUAAUAUUCGAAGCUAUUCCUACCCCGUCGAUCAACUCUUCCUCAUGUGGGACGAGCUUCGCAGCGUUUUCCUCGACAAGGUUGAAGACUCCAAUUUUGAGUUUCAAGUCUCAGCCGUGGAACCCGGUGGUGAAUUGGACGACUUAUAUUUAGCAUCGCAGACCAGACUUUCACAAACAAACUACUCUGCACUUUCAUUCACUCUCGAAAUUAGGAGAAAUAUCACCUAUCACCUUGUGCAGACGUACUUGCCGUCCAUUCUACUCAUAUUAAUUACAUGGCUGUGUUUCCUUCUUCCUGCUGAUAUGGUUGAAGUCAGGAUCGGAAUUUCGAUGACCACGCUCCUCACGCUUACUGCCAUGUUCACCGCUGUGAGGGAACAAGCCCCCGAAGUCAGCUAUCCCAUGGCAAUAGAUAUCUGGAUGGUGUUUUGCAUUUUCCUAGUUUUUAUCGCCCUUGUACUAUUCACAGUCAUUUACUGGAUGAGACGCCAACUAGAAAGACUGCAAGAGAAGGAUAAAGAAAAACAAGCACAAAAUGGGUCAUCAAAUCUAAAUGGACAAACUCCUCAAAAUGGUGGUGACGUCCCCCCACAAAAACCCCAGGACGAAGUAGAAGAAGAGAGGGAAACCUACAUUGCGAUAGUCACAAAUUCUCAGCGCUACGCUUUUUGGCUCUUUGCACUAAUUUUCGUAAUUUUCAUUACCUGGUAUUCAACCUGGAUCAUCCUCUCUGCCGAAUACUACGACUGGGAUCGUUCCGAAAAAUGGAAUGCUGUCGAUGACCCGGAAAAUGAUACGAAUCGUCUUUUUUCGUUCAAAAAGACCAAAUUUGAUGCAAAUGAUACUUUCCGCGUAACUACGUCAGAGUUUCGCUACUCUGAUAUAUUUGACGAAGUUAUCGAACCAAAAGUCAGUCAGUUGGAUGAAGAGUGAUAUUCAAUUCAUAAAAGUAUUUAGAUUUUAACAAUAAAAAGUAGAUUAAUGGAAAUUUUAUCAGUUUAUUUACACAGUACAUAGUUUGAGACUGCAAAAAUAUGCUGACCAGUUUUUCAUGGGUGACAAUAACUGACAAUGUAUAUCUAAGCAGUCAGGUUAGCAUCAGAAACACAAAAUUCAUUAGUUGCUUACUGGUUGACUCAAUCUUUUUUAUUGACCCGAUCUACGACUACAUUGAGUGAUUGGUUUCGAGUCAACUUUAUUCCUGCAGAAUUAUUAUUACUUUACUUGGCAUUGUUUAAUUCGUGUGGUUAUCUUGCUUGAAGUUUUACCAUAUCCAUUAGUUAAACGCACCUGAUCUACGAAUUUAUUUAGUAUUGAGCACGAUUCCAAUGUUAGAAAACCGGUUGCUCCAUUUAUUUCAGUACAUCACAUUCAGCCAAACUCUGUUGAGUAAUAAAAAUUGUAUCCCAGUUUGCGUACUGCGAAUGCAAAUUCCACGUGCAUAUGCCAAGAUCGUAUUCCAUUUGUUUGUUUCUGGAGUGGACUGGACUAAACUAAUCGUGAUGUGGACAUUAAAGAAAUGCCAAUGUUUUCCAUGCAAAUUUUUGUCUGAAUUGACGUGAUUCGUUUCGUCUUUCUUUACAUAACUUGUUUAAAAUCAUAAUAAACAUGUCAACAAGAUUUAUAUUUUUUGUAAUUCCAACAUAAAAGAGCUGGUAACUCUGUUCUACAAGUUAGUUGAAGAUUGUUCCUUGUCCGGUCUACAGAUAGUCUGGUGGUCGACUUUGUCUCGAACUUAAAAUGCGUCCUUCUUUGAUUUUAGUGUUCGUUGUCGUACUAAAGACAGCAUCGGCUGUUCCCCAAUUCGGUAUUCCAUCGCUUCCCAAGGCUGCCCCCGUCCCAAUCUCGACACCCCAGGCGCCGAUCCCCAAUGUCGCUGAUGGCCUAGAGUACACCCAGAAGAUCGAGGACCUCGUCAGCCUGGUCCGUGUGGCUCUAACGGACAUGGGCGAAAUCGCUGUUGCAGAUAAUCCAGAAGCUGGUUCCAAAAUUGUGGCAAAGUUGCAGGCUCAGAUUGCUCGAGCAGCUCAAGUUCUUGCAGAUUUUACAACAAAAUCCGCCCGAGUACGACGCGACGUUAAGAGCAAUGGAGAGUCUUCGUAUAACCAAGUUGGGGAAAUUCUGGUUGAAUCUAAUGACAAGACGCAACCCGAGAAGAGCGAACUUAGCCCGGAAGCCCAGGAAAAAAUGGAUGAUCGACAUGACAAAGCCGUGAACGAUUGUAAGGCCGAUGUUUGCAAGUCGCAUACCGCGAAGAGGAAUAAGAUUAAGGAAGCCAAAGCGGCAAAAGCGGCGAAGGGAUAAUUAUGAAUAUUUAAGAUUUGCUUGUUCCAAUUAUGUAAUUAUUGUUGGCUUGCAUCGUUAAGACAAUAAAUAUUUAGUAUAAAUCUUA